AUGGACGACCAGCAGCGAGCAGGGCCAAGUCGGCUCCAAGCUACUCUGCCGGCCUUGGACCCGACACUAGCAGUGGAUCGUGCCGCCAGAGCCUCACAUCGCUCCACAAAACGUCGAAGACGACGAUGGACGAGCUACAGCGCGAGGCGUCUCGUGAGCUACGGCAUCGUCUUUGCUGCGUGUAGCAGCUUUGUAGCCCAGACGCGAGCACAGACGGUUCAGCCGGUCGAUGCGACUGCAUCUGCAUCUGCAACGAGCGGGACUGAUGCAACUGCGACGACGAUGCAGACCUCAUCAUUAGCGGGCAGGUGGGGCCAAGCAUCCGCUCUGUUGGGCUCGCGCUUGGUGAUACACGGGGGCAAAACGCAAGGCAGUAGUCCCGGUGGUGGAGGCUACACCUACAACUCGGCACCCAACUCUGCAGACCUGAUGCUGCUCGAUCUCUCCAAAUCCUGGUCAGGUAGCUCAGCGCCUUGGCAGGUGCUCAACAGCACUGCAGCUCCAGCUGUCAGCUUUCACUCGCUGCUGCCACUGGACGCAGAUGCAUCAAGACUACUCAUUUUUGGCGGUGAUGCUACAGGAUCUGUGCCGAUUCAGACAAACAACGACUCCGCUUAUACGGUCACGCUCGCCGGUUCGGACAGCGCUUCCACAGCUUCGUGGCAAGCGGUCGGUCCGAGUUUGGACCAACCAAUGCGACGCAUAUAUCACGCUGCGGAGAGUGACGCAAAGGGCAGCGUUUGGAUCGUCGGAGGCGAGAGAAAUGACGGAUCGGGCGUCGUGUUGGACGAAGCUUGGUCGAUGGACAGCACUGCGAGCAGCCCUCGCUUUGAGCAAUUGGCACCGCCUACCGGAAGCAUCGUGGAUGGCACAGCCACCUUGCUCAGCGAUGGCACCUUGUUGAUGCUGGGGGGGACUGAUGCUUCCGGCACUCUUCAGCCCUUCAGUAGCGUCAGCUCCUUCUCCACUCAGAGCAAAGCCUGGACUUCGUUCAAUACCACUGGCGCCAAUUCGACAACAAAUGGGACGCCAGUCGCUCGUCGUGGGCACGUCGCUGUGAGCUUGCCGGAGAAGCGCGUCUUCAUUCAUGGAGGUGCAUCUGCCGAUCUGGCCACCGCGUACAGCGAUGCAUGGCUGCUCGACUGGAGCGUCACUCCUCCAAGAUGGUCAGAGGUGACUGGCGUUGGUGCACCCUCAGCGCGCUUCGGUCACUCUGCCGUGGCGUACGGCUGCCAGGUCGUCAUCUGCUACGGCUGGCAAGGUAACAGUGCCGCGGACACUGCCGUCUAUGUGUUUGAUGCUAUCAAAGCCCAAGUGACAUCUGGAGGAGAGUGGUCCGGUGGCUCUUGGACGUCGUCCUACACCCCGGAUCCUGCUGUUGCUUCCGGUGGCAGCAAAAGUUCCGGAUCAGGGGGCAAUGGUUCAAGCUCCAACUCAGGCUCUCAGUCACCUGACGGAAGCAACAAUAGCGGUACUGGAACGGGCGGGUCCUUUGGUAACCCUACCAACACCUCGAAGCCAAAGGAUGAUAACGGCGGUGGAACGAGCGCAGGAGCUAAGGCGGGCGCCGUCAUUGCGGCCUUCAUCGGUGUUGGCCUCGUUGCCGGGGCAGGGUACGCCAUCUAUCGUCGCAGACAAAACGAUCCUUCCAACUGGCGACACGGCGAUGGAGCUGCGGAGCUGCUGGGCGGUGGGGCACGUUACCGAGCUAGCGACCCGUACGACGAUCCCUACAUGAUGGAGAAGGGUGGAGCCGGAGACGGCUUCUAUCAAGCCGGGGAUCGUCCAGGAGGACCAAGAGCGAUGGGAGCGCCUGGAGGCGCAUGGACUGCUGGCAAUGUCGGACACGCACAAGAGGGCUCUGGUCCGCAUUUCCGAGAACGACUGGCUAUGCUCGCAGGUCUCGGUGGCUUUGGUGCAGGUGCAGGUGCAGCUCAGCCUCGCUUCAACAUGCUUGCUGAUGAGGACGAACUCGAGCACGGCGAUGCUUACCCCAUGAACGCUCGCAACGGCCUUGCUGACCGAGACGAGCAAAAUCAUUGCGCUUCUGCAGUCGACGACGUAGAUGACGUCGAGCUGUUCUAUCCCAGCAGACCACUACGCGAAGCCUCGUACGGCCGACUUGAACAGGACGACAUAGACGAAGACAUCUCUAUGGGCGACAUUGGUGGCCACGGUGGUCGUGGCUCGAAUCCGAUGGAUUUUGUCACUUCGCCUUUUGAGGACAAUGCGGAGGCGGCGGCCCGUUACGGAGUUGCCGGGCUCGGCGCAGGCAUUCUUGCGUAUCGAGCAGCCGAUGACAGGCCUCUGGAGUCUGAAAGCGGCCACUCUGAGGCAACGACCGGCCCCUCUGGCAUUGCAGGCGGUGUGUCCAGCCAGUCGCACACAGACCACUCCACCAUCGGAGACAGCAGUCUUGGUCAGUCUGCAGGCGAGCACGCAUUGGUCUCAUUCUCUGACGCUGGCAGGGAUCACCAAGGUGGGCCGAGCAGGAGAUCGAGCAGGAACGUCGCCUCCCCGGGUGGCCCGCGCUCAGCCCCGGCAGCCGGUAUGAAGCGGAGCGCAACGUGGUGGGAUAGAUUCAUGGGCCAGAGCUUUCUCGAGCGAAGCGCUUCGGGACGCCUGCUACCUGGUCCGAGCGCUGAUCGUCCUAUUCGAGAUCCUGCCGCACCUCCCGAUCUGUCGACCAUUCGCGAGUCUCCUCGAUCUGCCAAUCCGAGCGAGGACAAUCCUUUCGGAGACGCCAACGCAUCCAUACCAAACGCGAGCGUUGGGCACGAUGCUGACGAUCUUGGUCGUUAUGUAGCAGGUGCCAAUGCCUAUACGGUGGGUGGCGGUGCGCACGGGCGGUCCCUCUCCAGCUUGCAAAGCGCUCGCACUGCCACCAGCUCUCACUUCGAGGCACAGCUUGCGCGCAUGGACGUGGUGCAACGCACACGCACCGGCAGCAGUAGACACACGACGAGCAGCAGCGGCGCCAGCUCCAACGGAAUGGAGAGUUUAGCUCCUUCUCGAGAAGCCAGCACUCGUCGAGCGCACGUUAGGAGAGGAAGCUUGGAUGAGGUCGUCACCUCACCUACGGGCUGGACCCCAGGUGACUGGGCCAGCGCCGGUGCAGCUCAGGGCAUACCGACCACCGUGCGAGAAGAUGACAGCUCAGACGACUUUGACCUGCACAUCCCAUCAACAGACGCCGCAGGGGCAGCUUCGUUCCACAACGGGCUUGCGAGCGCUGACCCGGGCCAAUCACGCGACGAAUUUGCCACCCCAGCUGGCCUGACAGAGCGCUCACGCUCCAAUGCUGGGGAAAAUGUUAGAGCUGCGCGACAAAGGCCGUCCGACGCACCCAGCUUUACGCCUUCGACGACGAGACGCGCUAGGGACAAUCCGGUGCUAACUUCGCCCUUAUUGCCGAGCUCUCGUCAUGAACCGGAGCCGCCAACGUCUGGUUCUGUGAAAGAUAGGGUGAAGGCGAUCGAGCGUAAAGCGACGUUGGACGAAGCUUUGCCUAUUCCGAGAUCGCCUGGAACUUUGUCGGCCUCUCCUGCUCAUAGCAGCGAAAGUCCGAGCAGCUCACGCACCGAUCAUUCGCCUAGACGAGGCCAUGCGUCGCUGAGCCCUGUCAGUCCAAGGAAGGACGAGGGAAAGUCGAGGCCCGCAUACUCACAUGGACUCGCACCGAAGGCCCAACUUUUUGUGGCGAAUCCCGAUCGGCAAGGAAGCACGGGGAGCUCGAUCGUCAACGAACCGGAGCUCUGA